AUGGAACCCGACGGUCCCCGGCGUGGCUCGGAGGCUGCGGGUCUCCCGCUACUCCUAGUGCUCCAGUCCCCGGUGCUGCUAUUGCUACUGCUGACGAUGCUGCUGCCGGGCCCGGAGGCCUCCCCGUUGCGCUACUCUGUGCCGGAAGAGCAGGAGCCGGGCUCGCUGGUAGGAAACUUGGCCAGUGCCUUGGGGCUAGAGCUGCGGCGCCUGGGGCCGGGCUGCCUGCGCAUUAACCACCUGGGCGCACCAAGCCCGCGGUACCUGGAGCUGGACUUAGCGAAUGGCAAGCUCUUCGUCAACGAGCGCAUGGACCGGGAGGCACUUUGCGAGCAGCGGCCCCGCUGCGUGCUGCACUUGGAGGUGUUGGCCCACAGCCCUGUGGCAGUAAGUGCGGUCGAAGUGGAAGUGCUGGACAUCAACGACAACUCGCCGCGCUUUCCGCGGUCAGAGUACCAGCUGGAAGUGAGUGAGUCGGUUGCUCCGGGUACGCGCUUCCAUAUCGAGAGCGCGCAGGACCCGGACGUGGGGACUAACUCUGUGCAGAGCUAUCAACUGAGCCCCAACGAGCAUUUCGCCUUGGAUCUCAAACCCCUUCAGGAGAACAGUAAGGUAUUGGAGUUGGUGCUGCGUAAGGGCCUAGACCGAGAGCAGGCCACCUUGCAUCGCUUGGUCCUCACUGCAGUGGACGGGGGCACCCCACCACGCUCAGGCACGGCACAGAUCUUCGUGAAUGUCUUGGACACUAAUGACAACUCUCCUGCUUUUGACCAGUCUACUUAUCGAGUUCAGCUGAGAGAGAACUCGCCCCCGGGAACCCUGGUGGUGAAGUUAAAUGCAUCGGACCCAGAUGAGGGCUCCAACGGCGAACUGGUUUACUCCUUCAGCAGCUACACUUCUGAAAGGGAGAGACAACUCUUCAGCAUCAACUCCGGGACUGGCGAGGUAAGAGUGAGUGGGGCCCUAGACUAUGAAGAGGCCUCUUCCUAUCAGAUCUAUGUGCAGGCCACCGAUAGAGGUCCCGUACCCAUGGCUGGCCACUGCAAGGUUCUGGUGGACAUUGUGGAUGUGAAUGACAAUGCCCCUGAGGUGGUGGUCACAGAUCUGUAUAGCCCAGUGUCUGAGGAUGCCAUGCCCAACACAGUAGUAGCCUUCAUGAGUGUCAAUGACCAGGACUCUGGCUCCAACCAGCGGGUGAGCCUCAGCCUCCCACCUUCUCUGCCUUUCCGACUGAAUGGGCUUGGGAACUCCUAUUCUUUGGAGGUGAGUGGUCCACUAGACAGAGAGCGUGUGGUUGCUUACAACAUUACAGUGACAGCAACUGAUGCAGGGACUCCUCAGCUUACCUCCCAACAGACUAUUCGGGUGGAAAUAUCUGAUAUCAAUGACAACCCCCCACGAUUCCAGGAAGCUUCAUACUCAGUCUAUGUCCCAGAAAACAAUGUCCCAGGGGCACUGCUAUGCACCGUUCAAGCCACAGACCUAGAUGCCAACCAAAAUGCUGAGGUAACCUACUCCCUUUUGGAGAGGGAAAUCCAAGGGCUACCAGUCACUUCCUAUGUGUCCAUAAAUGAGGUAACUGGUAACAUCUAUGCAGUCAGCUCCUUUGAUUAUGAAAAACUAAGGGAGUUUGAUGUGAUUGUGGAGGCCCGGGAUAAGGGGAGCCCUCCACUGAGCAGUACAGUCACUGCCAACAUAUAUGUAGUGGAUGCCAAUGACCAUGCUCCACAGAUCUUGUACCCUACCUCAACCAAUUCAUCAAUGGCCAUGGAGAUGGUUCCUCGAACAGCUGCUGCUGGCUACUUGGUCACCAAGGUAAUAGCCAUGGACUCUGACUCAGGACAAAAUGCUUGGCUCUUCUACCACUUAGCGCAGGCCUCUGACCCUGACCUUUUCAGAGUGGAGCUCCACACAGGAGAAAUAAGGACUACUCGGAAACUGGGUGAUGAGAGUAUGUCUACUUUCAAUUUGACAGUUCUGGUCAGGGACAAUGGACAGCCAUCCCUGUCUGCCUCAGUGGUUAUUACAGUUGCUGUAGUGGACAGGGUUUCAAAAAUACUCCCUGACACUAGAAGACAUGUUAAGAAUACUCGGACCUAUUCAGAGAUAACACUUUACCUUAUAAUUGCACUGAGCACAGUUUCAUUUAUAUUCCUUUUGACAAUCAUUGUUUUGACUAUCAUCAAGUGCUAUCAUUACACUGCAUAUGGCACCUCGUGCUGUGGGGGCUUCUGCGGGGUUCGAGAGAGGUGUCCUGCAGAACUCUACAAGCAAGCUAACAACAACAUCGAUGCAAGGAUCCCACAUGGUUUGAAAGUUCAGCCUCAUUUCAUUGAGGUUCGAGGGAAUGGUUCCCUCACUAAGACCUAUUGCUAUAAGGCCUGUCUAACAGCAGGCUCAGGAAGUGACACAUUCAUGUUUUACAAUACAGGGGCACAGACUGGCCCUGGGCCACAUGCAGUGGUGACUGACAGCAGACAUCUUACUGGUCAAAGUGGGCAGAGUGCACAGAAUCUGAUCAUUCUUAAAAAUGAGUCCACUACUCCCAAUGAGCCAAAGCAACCCAACCCUGACUGGCGUUACUCUGCCUCUCUGAGAGCAGGAAUGCACAGGUAUGUAUGCUGCUCUCUGGCUACUGAAGCAGUGGUAAAUCUUGACCAUACACCUAUCCUCAGCAGUGUGCUGAGAAAGUAUCAGAAGGCAGUAGAAGGCAGCAUGGGCACCUCUGAGAUGUUUCCCCUAUUUCAAGCUGAAGAUGUCACUAGAGAACAACAAGCCUAG